AUGGAGUCACUCAACAACCUUCCAACAUUCUUCACUGAAUUUCAAACUAGAACCAUGCAGCUGCGGAAGCUCAUUCCCUCCCUCAAUGAGAGCAUAAUAACCUCCCUGCGAUCCCAAUCGGCAAUUCCACGUGACAGGCCGGACGAGGAGGUAUUCGCCGGACUCCCAACGCUACAAAACACCCUUCCUCUUUUUGAUAUCUUAUCAAAUUGCCCUCCACCACCUGGUUCCACGUGCUCCUUUGAGUCCACAAAAAUCCCAGCUCGACGAUUGCUUAGCCGACUCGAGCUCGUUGCGAUUCUUGCCAGUGUAUAUGAAUUG